UCCAUCGCCGUUCAUGCGCGUGUUUGAAGGACAGGGUCUCCCUUCAUUUGGUGUGUCCACUCCAAACACGAAGUGAACGCCGCUCACCGCCUGAAAUUCGAGCGCGUGGCCGGAGGCUGUGCAGGCGCCGCGGGUCCACGCGGACACGGCGGGUGGCGCUGACGAGCAACUCUGACUCCUGAGUCCCAGACGAAGAAGAUCGAAGCGGAAGUUCCGUCCGCCAGCGCCAGCUCCAGCUCCAGCUCCAGCUCCGUGAUGUCCGGGACACUGCAGUGCGCCGCGGGGAAACUCUUCCGAGUGACCCGCUACCGAGCUCCGCUCCUGAGGCUCCACACCGCAGCAGCCGCCAGGACGGGCGCGACGCCGGAGCAGUUCGACCGAGCCAAGGUGCAGCUGGCCGCGCUGAAGACGGACCAGAGCAACGCGGUCAAGCUGAAGAUCUACGCUCUCUUCAAACAGGCCACGCAAGGUCCCUGCAACACUCCCAGACCCGGGAUGCUGGACUUGGUGGGCAAGGCCAAGUGGGACGCCUGGUCCUCCCUGGGCACCACCUCUCAGGAGGAGGCGCGGCAGCAGUACUGCGACCUGAUUGGCUCUCUGGCGGAGGCCGAGAGAGUGGCGGCGCCUCCCGCUGGCGCCAGCACGUACCAGACGCUGCUGGUCUCCACGGAGAACAACAUCACCACCAUCACCCUGAACCGGCCGUCCAAGAAGAACGCCCUGACCAACGAGAUGUACCUGGAGCUCAUGGCUGCUCUGGAGCAAGCCUCCACCGAGGAGGAGUCGGUCCUCACAGUCAUCACCGGCAGCGGCGACUAUUACUGCAGCGGCAACGACCUCAGCAACUUCACCAGGAUCCCUGAGGGCGGCAUGACGCAGAUGGCGGAGGAGGGGCGGAGCCUGCUCAGGAAGUACGUCCAGGCCUACAUCGACUUCCCCAAGCCUCUGGUGGCUGUGGUCAACGGUCCUGCUGUGGGCAUCGCCGUCACCGUGCUGGGCCUCUUCGACCUGGUCUACGCCACCGAGAGGGCCACCUUCCACACGCCCUUCACUCAGCUGGGUCAGAGUCCGGAGGGCUGCUCCUCCUACACCUUCCCGAGACUGAUGGGCCACGCCAAGGCCUGCGAGAUGCUGCUCUUCAACAAGAAGCUGACGGCGGCGCAGGCCUGCCAACUGGGCCUGGUCACCGAGGUCUUCCCGGACCGCAGCUUCCAGUCCGAGGUGUGGAGUCGCCUGCGAGGCCUGGCCCAGCUGCCGCCCGACUCGCUGAAACUGUCCAAGCAGCUGAUUCGCUCGGCCGAUCGCCAGCGCCUCCACCACGUCAACGACCAGGAGGUGGCGCUGCUGAGGGAGCGCUGGACGUCGGACGAGUGCGUCGCCGCCGUCAUGAGCUUCUUCCAGAAGAAAGCCAAACUCUAGUGGUGAGGCCACGCCGCGAUGCCGUCCCUGGGAACAGAUGCGGCCGGAUGUCGGCAGAAGGGGGUGGAGCUUCAGCGGCGACACGUGACCUCUGACCUCCUCUGCCAGCACAAUAAAUUGUUGAUAAAAACCACAA